UUGACAAUAACAUUAACUUUGAGCUGUGCCCAUCUGACCCCUUAUUGUUGUACUCCAUAAUCAGAGCUGAUAAUUCUUUAAGCAGAUGCGGCUUUUUUCUUAUAUUUUUCUAUUUAGAUUUUUAGAUAUUUUUGGGUAUUUUGGAUUCAAAUUUCGACAGUGUGACCGCCGUUUACGACCAGCGAAAUACAUUUCCAACGGAGCCAUUUCAGCUUUACUGAAGUUUUUCAUAUUUUUCGUUCCUUUGAAAUUUGUGCAACCAGUACGCACGCUGCAAGCUGAUUUUGUGAAUAUAAAAACGCGGCUAAGAGAAGUUUAAUCGGAAUAUUCUAAACUUCAAGGCAAAAAGGGAUUCCUGGUAACAAGAGUAUAUACGAAACAUUAUUUAGUCGCUGCCCCACUUAAAGCCAACACCAGAUAUGGGUUCAAAAUUUGAAAAAUAUUUGAUACACAUGGCCGAUGGAUUUUACAGCACAUCGAACGAUUCCGACUUCAAACUUGUCCGUGACUUUAUACUACGUAAAAUAGUAAAGUCUAAUGAUUUGUUGACCUCCACAUUUAAGGUUGAAAGCUUCGAUUUUGGCAGCAGAGCUCUGGAAAUCCAUAAUUCAGACAGCGAUUACGACGUGAUGAUAGUGCUUGAGUUUCCCUAUUUCAAGGAUAUUUUAGUGCGCCCGGACCAACAUCGUCCUGGGAUGUAUCACUUUGACUUAAAGGAUGUGCCCUAUAACAGCUUCACAGCGGACAACCUGCUGGAUGACCGCUGCUACCUACUCCGGGAUAGUGUCCAAACCUUGAUGCAGUGCGUCCUCAUGAAUGCCCACAACCAUGACUGCAAAUUUUAUCGACUGCGGUAUCGCCGCAAGUAUAAGCGCCACACCAUUAUCGCCGAAUCAAGUGGGCGUAGGUUCUCCAUCAACUUUGUGCCAGCGAUCAAGAUCCACUACGAGAAAUACGAGUGGCAGGCAAUCCCGAUGGAGGCGCCAGGACCAAAACGGUCAAACGGAUGCACCUUUAUGAUGAUCGACGCUAAAUGUGAGAUCAGUCUUUUUAAAGUGGGCGGCAAGAAGAUCCGAGACGCCGUAAUCUUGCUGAAGGCUAUGUGCGAAGCCAAGAACCUGCCCAAGAUUAAAAAUUACCAUUUGGUUACAUUGGCCAACGAGCUAAUAGAUAGGGAGGAUUUGGAAGACUUAUCGUUGGAGUUUAUCUUUCUAGACCUACUCUACGAUCUCGUCGAUGCCUUUGAGAACAGGGACCUUCCGUACAACCUUUUGGAGGAUCUGAAUCUACUCACAAACUUCAACCCAAGUCAGCUCCUCGUUUAUAGGGAUGAACUGGAUAGUGCUUACUCCACACUAAGAACCUAUCCUGGACAAGAAAGUCUAUCUUACGGACGGUGCAGCUGGCACUUUUUUGGUGAUGAUUCGGAUUAAAAUUUGUCAAUGACCACAUUCGGUUCUUAUUUGGGACUAAAACUAUAAGCUAUAAACAAACUGUUUUAUUGUAGCGGAUUAAUGGACAAUAAAGAUAAACCAACAAUUUUUUUAUAUUAA